UCAAAGAAACAUCGUCUGGCAUUUUGGCAAUUUAAAAGAUGCCAAAUAUUUUUACGAUUGUUAAUAAAAAUGCGAUACAAACGCGUGUUGUGGACCGUUUUGUUUUUAGUGGAAUACGUUUUUUACUCGGACUGUACCCACAUUAAGGGAACGUUCAAAUCGAACGAGUUUUUCAAAUUUUUAGUAAAAUAUGGUUUCCAAAAAACGGACAGACACUCUCCAGAUGUAUCUCACGGAUAUAUUUUCGGAAACAUUACUUCUAACUCGCAUUUAACAGUGCCGGUUACCUUCGCCGUUUUGGACAGGUCGUACUUUUUAGACUAUUACAAUAAUAGAGUUAUGUAUGAUAAAGAUGAAGCUUGCAAGAGAAUGUUUAGUAAGCUGAACAAAAGGGCCUACGACCCUAAAUGUAGUUACGAUGGAAGGGAUUACUUGAGAAGGAUCCCCUGUCCUAAAGGUCAUUUGUGUGUGGACGAAGAUAACCAGUGGAACGUGGUGAAAAAUCACCAGUUUACCUAUGUCAUACAGGACUUCAAACAGCCUUCCUUUUGGUACGUAUCUAUGGUAGCUUGUUACCACAAUACAACCACUUGUGAAUGGCAUUACUACAAUUCGCACACACCUUUCGAGAUUGAUUAUGAUAUUUGGCUGGUCAAUGGCAAUCCGAAUAACUCAGCCUUCACCACCUAUCAAUAUUCGUUUGAUAGACAAAAUAUUCUGGAACUUUAUAUUGUUUUCUGGCUAUGCUACAUGGUGUUAGUACCAUUACAGUGCCAUGCAGUUAGAAUUCAAAAACAUCCAGUUACUAAAUUGUUUACUGCUAGUCUAAUAAUGGAUUUUGUGGCGUUGUGUUUUAAUUUGAUCCAUACCAUGAAAUUUGCACUAGAUGGCGAAGGAUAUCCUAAAAUACAAAUGACGGGUGAUAUUCUAGAUAUAUUAUCAAGGACCUCCUUCAUGCUGUUGCUUUUACUUCUUGCAAAAGGCUGGGCUGUGACACGACUGGAAUUGACGUGGAAACCGCUAGUUUUUGCUAUAUGGUUAUGUUACGGUGUUGUACACAUUCUACUAUAUGUUUGGAACUUGACCGAAGUAGAUAUAAUAGAAGACAUAGACGAAUACCAGACUUGGCCUGGUUGGUUGAUGAUUGUAUUCAGAUCAUUGAUAAUGUGUUGGUUUCUUUAUGAACUACGUACAACAAUGUUAUAUGAACACAACACGCAGAAAUUGAACUUUUUACUUCAUUUCGGAGCCUCUAGCUUAGUUUGGUUUAUCUAUUUACCUAUUUUAGCACUUAUUGCAUUACACGUCUCAGCACUUUGGAGAUAUAAAUUACUUUUAGGUAUCACUUAUUCAGCUGACUGUUUUGCUUACUGCGUAAUGGCGCAUCUUCUAUGGCCGACACGCUCAGAACAAUAUUUUCUUUUAAAAGGACCUUCUUCGGCUGAUUUAGAAGAAUUGGAUGAAUUUAACGAAGCACCUCAUAUAGUUAAUAACUCCUACACAUCCCUAAGCAGUUUAGGAUCCGUUGAUAUCUGCCGAUAUGAGGAUCCGCCAAAAAGUAAAGCUGUACAAGCUUAAACGAUUGAAAAUCUCGAUUUUGACGGUUUUUAAAAAAUGAGGUAAUAUGUCAGCAAUACAGCUUUCUCUAUAUGGGAAAAUUGGAAUUUAUACAGAGGUCUAUUAUACAUAUAGCAUGUGUCAUGUAAAUAUUAAGAUUUAAUAUGGUUAUGUCAAGAAGGAAACGUGUAUAUAGACUGGAUAUUGAAGCUUUGAUUACGAUUACGGUAAUGACGAAGUUUUUUGUCAUUCUAAUUUCACUCCUUAAUAUGUGUUGUAAUUUUCAAACUCACUGCAACCCAACCAAAACCAAACUACCUAAUGUUACUUUUUUUACGAGUGGCAGUUAUUUUACCAGAUAUAUUGGUUGUUUUUGAUUAGUAUUUGUUGUUUAUAUUUCUGUGAUUAUAGGUUAUAUAAUUUUUAAACUAUAUUGGAGUGUUUGCUCAUUAGUAUUAUACUUAUAAUUGUUUCGGUUUAUUUAGUAUUUAUAAUGUUACUAUUUGACUAACUACACUGGUGCCAAUAUAAUAUUAAGAAUUUUAGUAGCAGACCAAGAGAAGUGAUAAUAAUAAACAGAAUCUUUGGAGUAACUAUUUGUUAUAUACAGGGGUUCUCUGAAAAGUACCCAAUCUCACAAUGAUUCAGUUGUUACAAAACAUUUUUCUUUAAUUUUGGGCCAAGAUUUUAUAUUUCCAUUAAUUAUUACUAUUAAUUUUAUUUUAGUAGGUAUUAUACAGGGUGGUCCGAACUGUAUUUCGGAAACUUCGGCAGCA